AUGUCAAAAUUUAUCCACACUCUCAGCGAAGUGUUGAUAUUGCAAUGGCUUGUUAAACGCUAUACGGCAAAAAUGAGCCGUCUGUACGAUGCCGUGGAGCCGGCUGUACUAGACUACAACAUGCUGGAAGAGGCGGUCCAUUCAAUGUGUCCAAGCGGAGUCGUCGGAGAGCUGGCCAAGCGUGAGGGCAUACCACUAGAAACGGUGACCGAAUUGCGCUUGGAUUUUAAGAAUAUUUUGCAUAUUGACAAUUUGUCGCCCCUUAAGAACCUUGUCAAAUUGCAGCUUGACAACAAUACGAUUGAACAGAUCAGCGGUCUUGAUAGCUUGGUUAACCUGAAAUGGCUCGACUUGUCCUUCAAUAAGAUUGAACGGAUUGCUGGGCUAGAUCAUCUGGUGAAUCUCGAGGAUCUCUCUCUGUUCUGUAACAGAAUAGAAAAACUGGACAAUUUGGAUUCACUAAAGAAGCUACAGGUCCUCUCAGUAGGCAAAAACAAACUUUUCGAUGAAGCUGAUGUUAUAUACUUGCGCAGAUUUCCUGUUCUCCAGUCGCUGUGUAUUCGAGGAAAUCCUCUGUGUGAUUCUGAAGACUACCAGUACUUACUGACAGCUUUUCUACCCAACCUGAUCUACAUUGACUAUAAACGAUGCGACCGUAGUUUGAGAGCACAGGCGUACGAGAAAUAUCAGUUGCGAAUAGAUGAAUUAAAUGCUCAAGAACAGGCAGAAAGGGAAUCGGAAAGACGAAGUGAGGAGCUUGAAGCCAAAAAACAAUUGCACCAACGAGCUUUCGUUUCCGACUUGGACAGCGACACAAUCUUCCAAGCACUCUACGAGAACGAUCCAGAGGGGCGCGCAUUAUUGCCGGUUCCGGAGUUCUCGCAUACUAUUGAGACAUAUCCUUUUGCGAGGGCCAAUUUGUUGUCAACCCACUUUGAUACCUUGACACAAUGA